GGAGGGCGAUACGGCUGAGCGGAGCCGCCGACGUUCCCUCUCGCGCUUCUUUGUUCCCCACUCUUCUUCCCUUUCAGUGCGGCAUCGUCCUGGGGGCUCUGCUGCUGAUUUUCUGCUCCUGGAUGACUCAUCAGUCCUGCAUGUUCCUGGUGAAAUCGGCCAAUCUCAGCAAGCGCAGGACCUACGCCGGCCUCGCAUUUCAUGCCUAUGGAAAAGCAGGAAAAAUGUUGGUGGAAACAAGCAUGAUCGGGCUGAUGCUGGGAACUUGCAUUGCUUUCUACGUUGUCAUUGGCGAUUUGGGGUCCAACUUCUUUGCCCGGCUGCUUGGAUUUCAGGUGUCGGGCAGUUUCCGGAUAGUCCUGCUCUUUGCCGUCUCCCUGUGCAUUGUGCUUCCGCUGAGCCUCCAGAGGAACAUGAUGGCCUCCAUACAGUCCUUCAGUGCCAUGGCUCUGAUCUUUUACACGGUGUUCAUGUUCGUGAUUGUGCUGUCGUCCUUCAAGCACGGGCUCUUCAGCGGGCAGUGGCUGCAGCGCAUUAGUUACACUCGUUGGGAGGGCAUUUUUCGCUGCAUCCCCAUCUUCGGCAUGUCUUUCGCCUGUCAGUCUCAGGUCUUGCCUACCUAUGAUAGCUUGGAUGAGCCGUCUGUUAAAAUCAUGAGCUCCAUAUUUGCUUCUUCCCUAAACGUGGUCACCACCUUUUACAUCACGGUGGGCUUCUUUGGCUACGUGAGUUACACUGAAGCCAUUGCUGGGAACGUCCUAAUGAACUUCCCUUCCAACCUCGUGACGGAGAUGAUCCGAGUGGGAUUCAUGAUGUCAGUAGCCGUGGGGUUUCCGAUGAUGAUUCUGCCGUGCAGACAGGCGCUGAACACCCUUCUCUUUGAGCAGCAGCAAAAAGAUGGCACCUUCGCUGCUGGGGGUUACAUGCCCCCGCUCCGGUUCAAAGCCCUGACCCUGGCGGUUGUCUUUGGAACCAUGGUAGGAGGCAUCAUGAUCCCGAAUGUGGAAACAGUCCUGGGCCUGACAGGUGCCACGAUGGGAAGCCUCAUUUGUUUUAUCUGCCCAGCUCUUAUUUACAAGAAGAUCCACAAGAAUGCACUUUGUUCACAGAUCAUACUGUGGAUUGGCCUGGGAAUACUGGUUAUUAGUACGUACACCACCUUGUCUGCCACGGAGGACGCCCCUGUGAAGACCGAAGCAGUGGGCUUGGAGCGCCUGGACGCAGAGGAGAGCAGGAUUGACCAGGACGCAGUCAAAAUCCCAGACCCGAACCUGGCCGUGGCGGAGGCGGAGGAUGACCGCGAUAAACCGAAGCUGAUGGAUGAGAAGGAGGAGAUGGAGCAGCCGCAAAUCAAGGUGCCGAUGGAGGUACCCGAGAGAGAGGAGGAGAGGGGAAAGCCAGAGGAGAAAGUGCAGCUUGACCGUCCCGAUCAAGCACUGGAAGCCAAGGCGCAAGCCGCCGUGCCGGACGGCGAGAAGAAAGCCGAGGCUGCAGGUGACAGGGAGGAAUCGAAGCUCCAGCUCCCCAGGAAAGCCGAGGAGGCUGCGAAGUCCGUGGAGAAGGACGCCGACCCUGGUGGGAAGCGGGAGCUGCCCGUCCCGGACAGAGCGGAUCAGCUGGAGCCGAGGGAGGCCCGCAACACCGAGGAGAAGCAGCAGGAGAAUGCGGAGGAAGCGGGACAGGCGAAACUGCUGGAUCAUGCUGUGCUGCUGCAGGUAAUCAAAGAACAGCAGGUCCAGCACAAGCAGCUCCUGGACCAGCAGGCUAAACUGCUGGCCGUGAUUGAAGAGCAGCACAAGGAGAUCCACCAGCAAAGGCAGGAGGAGGGAGGAGAGGAGAAGCCAAAGCAAGGUAAGGACAUCGCCAAGGAGUGUGACCCCUCCACGGGCUGGUCACUGCUCGAAGCAGCUUUGGAAUCGGACUGGGAAGGGGAUCUGAGUCCCUUCAGAGUCCGCUCUGCCAAAGCCAUUCGUGUGCCUGACCCUGGCCUCCAAGCACUGGAAGCCAAGGCGCAAGCCGCCGUGCCGGACGGCGAGAAGAAAGCCGAGGCUGCAGGUGACAGGGAGGAAUCGAAGCUCCAGCUCCCCAGGAAAGCCGAGGAGGCUGCGAAGUCCGUGGAGAAGGAAGCCGACCCUGGUGGGAAGCGGGAGCUGCCCGUCCCGGACAGAGCGGAUCAGCUGGAGCCGAGGGAGGCCCGCAACACCGAGGAGAAGCAGCAGGAGAAUGCGGAGG